AUGCUCGUUUGGCCGCUUCGUGUUCAGACAGGGGGAAAUCUCGGAAUAGCUCCGCCGACCUGUGAAGCCGAGCAGCUAGAGAGCUGGGGAAGGCUGCGCAGGCUGGCCGAGUGGCACGAGGUGAUGUUGUAUGACGAGAAGACCAGAGCAGCAGUUCAGAAGAUCCCGCUUCUAAGUGUCAAAGCUGGACCCCGUGAUGAACAGUGGGCUGAGCGCUUGAAAGAAGAGCUCAUGGCAUUGAUUAGAUAUGUACAGAACAACAAGGAGAAUGACAGCGACUGGUUCCAGAUCCUCUCCAAUGAGGAUGGAACGAAAUGGACCGGCACCUGCUGGUAUGUGCACAACUUGCUAAAAUACGAGUUCAAGCUUCAGUUUGAGAUCCCCGCGGGCUAUCCAGCUGUGCCCAUCGAAUUGGAACUGCCAGAGCUGGACGGGAAGACACCGAAGAUGUACCGUGGUGGGAAGAUUUGUUUGGACAUUCACUUCGCUCCACUUUGGAGGACAAAUGUGCCGAAGUUCGGCAUAGCACAUGCCCUUUCUCUUGCUUUGGGGCCAUGGUUGGCGGCUGAGAUCCCCUACUUGAUCGAAGCCGGCGUUGUCAGCCACAAAACCGGGUCUGCCGAGUCUGAGAGACGCGCAGCCGCGACACAAUACUGGCUAGCUAUGGACAAUGCCUCUCAUGACUGGGAAGCCUGGGCGCAUCGAUACGGGGCCUGGCCUCAUCAGCUGGAAGCCUUCAGAAAAGCCCUCAGCCAGAACUCGAUCCUGAACAUGCCGACUGGCAGUGGGAAGACUCUGGUUGCGUGCAUGCUACUGGACGCGCUGGGUGUUCCGAGCGUCUUUGUGGUGAACUCACGUGCGCUCGUGGCGCAGCAGACGGAGUAUCUCCGCCGGCACAGCUUGCAAAACUUCUCUGUGGCCAGCACUCCCCAAGCCGAGGUCUUCGUCGCAACCGGCGAGGUGAUUCGGAUCGCUCUCGAGACAGGGCAGAUUGUUGCCCAACAGCUUCGCUGCGUAAUCUUCGAUGAGGCACACCACGCAGUAGGUCGCCACCCCUACGCCGAAGUUCUGAGACGGCUGCGAGAGGGCUGCUGCCCGGCACGGAUAUUGGGACUCACCGCCAGCUUCCUGCAUGGAAACGCGGAUCCGGAACGCCGGCUGGAGGUGCUGGAGGAGCGCUUCGGGGCCCAGGCUUUCUCGCCCCAGGUUCACCCGACCUUGUCGCACAGCGAGCGGCGCUUCACGGCAGUGCCCUGGUUCGAGGCAGCAGGAGAUGAAGCGGCCUCGGCGGCGGCCUACGCCGGCUAUGCGAGGCGCCUGGAUGUCCUCGUCGAGGACUUGGCCAAGGAGCUGGAGUUCAACUGGGAGCUUCAGAGCUCCCUUUCUCGAGAAAAGGGUCGGCUCCGUGGAGUCUUGGAGAGCCUGGGGCCCGCAGCCUACCAGCCCUUCGUGCAGGACAGCCUCGUCGAAGUGGUCCAGGCGAAGCUCUCCAGCAAGUUGCAGUUUGUAGAUGGAGACGCCGGAGACACCAUGGAGUGCUUGCAGAGGGCCCUCGUACUGCUGCCUCAGUGCCGGGAAGUCCUGGCCAGGGUGAACACAGUGAGUGAUGAGGUGAGCGGGAAGUUUGAGGCACUGCGCCAGCUUCUGAGGCGUCUCCUGUCGGGUUCGACUUCCGACAAGAUCUUAGUCUUUGUUGAGCGCGUGUCGGUGGCUGGGCCUAUGGCACGGCUUCUGGAAGCAUCUACUGGGGUCGAGAUCGCCCAUGUUUGUGGUGUUCAGGGCAUGGAGGAGGGUCUUCGACAGUGGAAUCUGCAGCGGUUCCGCACCACCUGCCGAGUCUUGGUAGCCACCACAUCUCUGGAGGAAGGUUUGGAUGUGCCAGACUGUCGCUAUGUGGUGCGUUAUGACUUCUUCAGCAGUGCCAAGAGCCACGUUCAGGGAGCCGGCCGUGCGCGACAUGGGGAAGCCGAGAUUUUCUACUUCGACAACGACCCAAAAAUGGAGGAAGACCGCCGGCGCCGCAUCGAAGAUGCCCUGAGCCGGGAAGCCCCCAUGGCCUGCUCCGAGCGGGAGCCGCAAAGGCCGGAGGCCCCGGCUUUUUCCGUUCUUCCAAGUGGCACUGAGGGCGAAGAGGAAGGCGCCGGGGAGGGCGGCGAGGGUAUCGGCCAUGCCUGGGGCGAGGAAAAGACUCUUUGGGAUUAUCGUCAGAACAAAUCCUUUAGGGGCAUGGCGUGUGCCUGCGGUGCACUUCUGCACAUCACCAGCCGAGCUUACGGGCGGGGUCGGAAGAAGAAGGAGCGCAGUUUCUCGGUGCAAGGCGCGGUGGUCUGCCCUCUUUCGCUAAGUCCCAUUCCCGAGCUGAGACAAAAUGGGAAGAGGGCGACUGGUGCAUGCUCUUGGCGCUUGGAGCUGUGA